AUGUGGUUUCUAGAGAGUCCGGACGGGUCCUUUGGAGGCCGGCGUCUAUGGCUACGGCCGGGCAAGACAUAUCUUUUUGGGCGCACGACGGCAGAGCCCGGCCAGCUUGCCAUCUCCCACAACACCAUCUCCCGCAAACACCUGACCAUCACGAUCGACCCGGUCGAGCAAGGGCACGCGCACAGUCCGUCCAGCCGCCCGAGGCUGACGAUCGAGGACCUGGCGACGAAGAUAGGGACCUUUGUCGACGGAGUCAAGAUCAGGGGCGAGAAACAUGUCGUCAAAGGUGCCGAGGCCGAGCUUGUCAUGGCCAAGUGCCCGACCAGAUUUAGGUUGACAUGGCGUCCCGUGGUCUUCACCUUCUCCUUCACGAGCAGGGAGCUGCAGUCGCGACCCUUCACGACGCUGCAGGAGCGGUUCGAGCAGCUGGACAUCAAGCUCCUGACCGAGUACCACUCCAAGUGGACCACGCACGUCGUGUCCAAGAAGCGCAACACGGCGAAGGGGCUGCAGGCCCUGAUCAACGGGAAGCACAUCGUCACCGAAUCCUUUCUCGACGCCGUGGUCCAGGCCGCCGCCCCGCUGGACAGCGACGGCAACGGCGUGCCCACCAGCCUGCUCGAGCAGGACUUUCAGCGCCACUGGCCAGAUGAGAUGGAACACCUGCCCCCGCCCGGGGGAGAGCCAGUGCAGCAUCCCGAUACCACGUACGCGCCCGACUCGGGGCGCAGGAACGUCUUCGAGGGCUACACCUUCAUCUUCUACGAUCAGAGCCAGUUCAAUAACCUGCUUGGACCAAUCACCGACGGCGGCGCAAAGGCUCAUCUCAAGUCCGUCGUGCCGGAGGAGACGGAAGUCGACGACUUUGUCCGUGCUGUCAAGAGUCUAGCUGGGGAGAAGGGCCUCGGGUCGUUUGAGGACGGCGGCGAGGGUAAAGGGGUGGUACUGGUCAGGUAUGUGCCGGCCAAGGGUGCCCAGGUGGCAUGGUACACGGAUUUCUUCCGGGCCGUCUCGCUACGCCUGGACCACCGGCCCAUCGAGCAGAGCGAGUUUCUCGAGGCCAUCCUCACAAAGGAUGCGGGGAUUCUACGUCGGCCGCUGGAGGUAGAAUCGUCCGAGCCCAACGCGCAAUCUGGCAGCGUGCCGCAGCAGGCGCCUUCUACCACCGCUCGGGAAACGUCUCAGCCACGGAGACCACCUGCGGGUCGCAGAGCAGCCAGGAAGCGGUUUGCCGGGUUCGACAACGACUCCGAGGUGGAGAUGGAAGAUGUUCCGUCGGCAUCGGCGCCGCCGCCGGAACCGGAGACCAGCAAUGACGUGGCAGAUGAAGGUGGCCUGUUUGUAUCGCAGGAACCGCCGCAAGAGGCAUAUGCCACAGAAGAGCCUGAUGACGGCCGGAGAAGGAAACGCCAAGCGUCCACUCAUGGCCGAGACGACCUCAUGGAUGGCAUGGCCCCGGCGGCCGCACGGUUCAAGCGGCAGCGGAUGGAACAAGGCCAAGCAUUCGCCUCUCCCUCCCCGGAACCGCAACCGGAACCGGAGGAGGCUGGGGCAGAGCAGCAGCCCAAGAAGAAGAAGACCAAGGAGGAAGUCGACAUCAUGGCGGCUGUAGCGCAGAACAGACAGCAGGAAGAGGAGCGGGCUCGCAGGGAGAAGGAGGACCUCGCCAACCUCCCCGACGACGUGGACCUUUCCGAGAUCCGCCGUCUCAACAUUGUCGAGGAGGUGGAGGUCCGUCGGCCAGCGGGCGCGACGCGAACGCGCGAGCAGGACAUUGCCGACGGUCGGUGGGACCCGCGGUGGAACGGCAUGAAGAACUUCAAAAGAUUCCGGCGCAGAGGCGAGGUCGCGGGCAGGCAGCCAGCACGGGUCAUUGUCGAGCUGACAGAGGUCAAGGCUAAGGAGUUCGGCGUAGGAGACGACUACUGGCUCGAGGACGAACCGUCUACCGUCGUCACCGGGGGUAGCGGCAGCAACAGCAACAGCAACAGCAACAGCAACAACAACCGGAGGGGUCAGACCACGUCGCAAACGUCUGCUGCUGCUGCUGCUGCUGCUGCUGGUCCAGCAGCAGCACGACGUCCAACGAGGGGGGUCGUGGUCGCCUCGGAUAGUGAUGAUGACGAUGACGACGACGACGACGACGGCGACGGCGAACCAGAUCCUGCGCCUCAGCCUGCUGCUCGACCACCACAGACACGGCAGACGCAGCAGUCGAAUCAGGGGAGUGGCGGUAAACGCUCGGCAACGGGGUCGACGGAGCAGCAGCAGGGUCCCCCGGCCAAGAGACAACGACCGGCGCCUCGGAAGGUGAUUGAGGUGGCGGAUAGUGAUGACAGCGAUGACGAAUUCAAGUUUAGGUUUGGCAAGAGGCGGUGA